CUUCAUUCAGUCAGCAGGCCGGCGCACAUCACAGAUAGCUGGGAUCCACGCACAGCGCAGCCAUGAGUGAGAGACAAGCAUCAGGAGCAAUGACUGGAAACAGCAAACCAUCUGCUGGCCAAGAUGAGAAGAAGAACAACCUCCCCCAGGAUUUUGACAUCGACAUGCAAGAUCCGGAGACUGAGAAGGCCGCCGUGGCCAUCCAGUCGCAGUUCAGGAAAUUCCAGAAAAAGAAGCAGGAUGUGAAGUCUUAGAGCAGGCACUGUACGCUGCGUCUUCACUUUAUGUGGGCCUGGUCUUGCAUGUCAAUCAAACUACACCGUCAUGAACUGGAAAGGAA